AUGCCGAGAGUGUUCAGAUAUCUGAAAACAGCGCUUGCGCCUAGUAUCGGACCUGUGUCGCCACGAGAGUCAGUCGAUAACAACAAUUCGUCACGCAAAGCAUCAUUCACUUCUUCAGCCGAUGACACAUGGCUUCCAGACUUUGAUCCGCUCACAAUCUCGGCGUUCGAGCUCUCGGAACUCCUGAAUGCGCAAGCCCUCACAAGCGUACAGAUCGUGCAGUUAUAUCUAAAAGAGAUUGAACAGCAUAACAGGAGAGGAAGACAGCUGCGCGCGUUGAUCUCGGUGGCGCCGAAACAUGAAGUGUUAAAAAUAGCUAGAAAGCUUGACGAAGAACGAGCUAGAGGCAAGAUAAGGGGUCCGCUACACGGUAUUCCGAUAGUACUGAAAGACAACAUCAUGACCGAUGAGAAACUGGGCAUGGACACCACAGUGGGAUCGUACGCUUUUGUUGGCUGCAUACCGAAGAAAAGUGCAACCAUCGUUCAACGGUUGAUCAAACGAGGUAUGAUCGUUAUCGGCAAAUCCAAUUUGACAGAGUUCUGUGGCCUCAAAAAUCCUUCUAUGCCUCCAGGGUGGUCCGCGGUGGGUGGACAAUGUCAGUCGCCGUACGUGUCAAGACACAUCGAGAAACGAAAGCUACAUUGGGAACUUUCAGCGCCAGGGGGAUCUUCGACUGGAUCCGCUGUCGCAGUGGCUUCAGGUUUCAGUACUCUUGCCAUCGGAACAGACACUAUCGGGUCUCUAAUUACGCCUGCAAACCGCGCAGCCCUUUACGCUCUAAAGCCUACAGCUGGUGUGGUGCCAAUGGACGGUAUCUUCAAUCUGAGUAAAACCUUUGACGCCGUCGGAGGCAUGGCCAAAUCUGCAAAAGAUCUUGUAGCGCUGAUGGACGCCAUGAUGGUUCCAACCAACCGCGAAGAACACACAAGGAGCCCACAUAGAUCGUUCAAAAUCAAGCCGGACUUCGGAUCGCUCCGUAUCGGCAUAUGUGAGCCGACCAUCUGGAAAGUGUGGCGAAAAAGUGGGCGGAUCAAUGCUGACGCUGAACGAUUCAUGACACAAAAGUACGAUAUGAUUGUUCAGAGUAUGAUCGAGAUGGGAGUCGAUGUCGUGUAUCCAGUGGAAUUGCCGAACCAAUCAAGCUUGACUAUAGACGGAAAGAACUGCUUUGAGCCUGUCGUGUACUCUGAGUUCAAGGAUUGUUUAGCAGAGUUUAUCCGCGAUUUUAGAGUCACGAAGAUGCACUCUUUGGCUGAGAUUAUCAACUUCAACCUAGAUCACCCCGAGCUGUGUCUGCCACCAACAUGUCCGGACCAGAACGAUCUGAUGGCUGCGCUGCAGUCGAGCACCAAGCGUGAAGAGGUGAAUGCCGCGCGGCAACAUCUUCAAACUGCCGGCGGACCUGAAGGCCUGGAUUUUAUCUUUGCUACAAAACAACUUGACCUGAUCGUUGCUCCCGGCGACGCACCUCUCUCUACCCUUGCAGCAGCAGCUGGCUAUCCGACUGCCGCAUGCCCACUCUCCGCCCUGAAGCUCAACGGUCAGCCUUUUGGCAUAACCUUGGCUUCGCGCCCGCACACCGAACAUACACUUCUUCACUUUCUGACAGCAUACGAGAAUAUCUUCCCUCCACGCGCACUACCCAUGCCUCUCUCAUCCGUGCCUUUGCAAGAUCCAAAUCCAGAACCUUUGCCAGAUCAGCCAAUCAUCGAUCUAAUAUUGCAUGAGUGGGAUACACGGAGAUUUAGCUGCAGUGCGGACGCACUUGCAGAUUGGCUGAAUGCACGAUGGCGGAAGAGCGGUUAUGAAUUAAGUGCGGAGACAGUCUGUGAAGUGCUGCGGAGUAAUGGUCGGAUUGCAUUUAGGGGCUUGGGUGAUGAUGCUGAAGGUGCAUUCUCAAGAUGA